UUGAUUGCUUCUGUCUCAACUUUUUGUCCGUUUUAAAGUUUAAACCUUUUUUACAAAACUGGGUUUUCUCUGAUAAACUUAAAAAACAGAGUCUUUUAGUUUCUUCUUCUUGGUAAUGGUGAUGAUGCUGAAGCUUGAGAGAAGGGAUUAGUGUGAAGAGUAAGUGUUAAAACCAUUCACCAAAGAAGAAAUUGAGAACUAGCUAGAGACAGUCAUGGAGAUCAAAUCUUACCAAACUCAAGCAGAGGAUUUUGUUGAACACUAUUUAUUAGCAGAUCCAUUUCUUCCAUAUACUUCUGUUGUUGCUGGAAUCUUUCUCUGCAAAUUGGUCUAUGAUCUUACGGAGUUAUUCAGCUCAAUUCAUAUCAAAUCAUACUCAGCUCUCACAAAAAUAAAGAGAAUUGAAUGGAACAACAGGGGAAUUUCUACAGUCCAUGCGAUCUUUAUCUCAUUCAUGGCAUUAUACUUUGUGUUCUUCUCUGAUUUGUUUUCUGACCAAAGAAGCCUUGAAAGCCUUACGGUGUUUCGUAGCUCGCCUCUCUCUAACUUUGGUUUAGGAGUAUCAGUUGGUUACUUUCUUGCGGAUCUUGGAAUGAUCUUUUGGCUAUACCCUUCUUUAGGAGGAUCAGAAUAUAUAUUCCAUCACUGCUUAUCCGGAACAGCAGUAGCGUAUUCUCUAUUCUCUGGAGAGGCUCAGCUUUACACAUACAUGGUUUUAAUCUCUGAAGUGACUACACCAGAGAUCAAUCUUAGAUGGUACCUUGACAUUGCUGGUUUAAAGCGAUCUAAAGCUUAUCUUAUUAAUGGAAUUGCUAUUUUCUUUGCUUGGUUGACAGCAAGAAUUCUUCUGUUCAUCUACAUGUUUUACCAUGUCUAUAUACAUUAUGAUCAGGUGGUACAGAUGCAUACAUUCGGUUAUCUACUGGUUUUCGUUGUACCGAUUGCAUUGAGUGUCAUGAACUUGAUGUGGUUUGGUAAGAUAGUGAAGGGAUUGAAGAAAACUCUUGAGAAAACACAGUGAAGAAAGAGUUCUCUUUUUUUUUUUUUUUCUAAUGUAAAUAUAAAACUCUUUUGAAGAAUCUUACAAGUUCAUAAGCAACAAAGAUAUGGUUUUUUUUAAAAUACUUUUAGCUUAUACACUAAUUAUUCCCACUA